CGGCAUCGGCACCGGCAUCCCCGGGCUCUGCCCGCGGCGCCGCUCGGAUCCGCACCGGGCUCAGCGCGGGCCCGGGGACGCUGACACCGACACCGGCGGCGGCACCGGCAGCGCAGCGGCAGCGGCGGGGCUCGCCAUGGGGCCGCGCUCCCCGGCGCGCCCCGGCUGACCCCCCCGGCCCGGCCCGUCUCACCCGGCCCGGCCCGCCCCGGCGGACCUUGGCCGGUGCGGGCGCGGCCGGGGAUGCUGUCGGGAUGGCGGGCACCGGGGCGGCCGCGCUGGCCCGGGCGCUGCUGGCCUGGGCGCUGCUGGCCCUGCCGCCCGCCAUGCCCCAGCCCUGCGGCCGCCCCGAGGUGAGGGAGAAGGAGGCCCGCUUCAACACCACCUACAGCGACUGGGUGAACGCAGACCUGCUCAACAUCUACGCCUUCAACCACAGCGUCCGGAGGAACAGGACGGAGGGCGUGCGGGUGUCGGUGAACGUCCUCUCCGACCACAAGGACUUGCCCGUCCUCUUCGUGGUGAGGCAGAAGGAGGCCGUGGUGUCCUUCCAGGUGCCGCUCAUCCUCCGAGGGAUGUACCAGCGCAAGUACGCGUACCAGGAGGUGAGCCGCACGCUGUGCCAGCCGCAGACCAAGGCCGAGGUGGAGACCCAGCACUUCUACGUGGAUGUGUCCACGCUGUCCCUCAACGCCUCCUACCAGCUGCGGGUCACCCACGUGGAGAACUUCGUGCUGAGGACUAACGAGAGGUUCAGCUUCAACGCCACGGCUGCGCAGCCGCAGUAUUUCAAGUACGAGUUCCCCGACGGAGUGGACUCGGUGAUCGUGAAGGUGACCUCGGCCAUGGCCUUCCCCUGCUCCGUCAUCUCCAUCCAGGACGUCGUGUGCCCCGUCUACGACCUGGACAACAACGUGGCCUUCAUCGGCAUGUACCAGACCAUGACCAAGAAGGCGGCCAUCACGGUGCAGAAGAAGGAUUUCCCCAGCAACAGCUUCUACGUGGUGGUGGUGGUGAAGACGGAGGACGAGGCGUGCGGGGGGGCUCUGCCCUACUACCCCCUCUCCAGGGAUGCCUUACCGGAUGACCCCGUGGACCAGCACAACCGGCAGAAGACGCUGGAGGUGAUGGUGUCGCCCGCCAUAACCUCGGAAGCCUACGUGAGGAGCAUGCUCUUCUGCCUGGGCAUCUUCCUGUCCUUCUACGUGCUCACGCUGCUCAUCGCCUGCUGGGAGAGCUGCCGGCAGCAGAAGAGGAAGGGGCUCCUGGCAGCCAUGGACUCGCCCAGCCUGGACACGGGGCAUGGCCGCAGCAUCCCUGACUCCUUCCUGGGCCAUUCUCCCUACGACAGCUAUGGCUAUGGCUCCUUCGGGAACGGCUCCUCCAGCAGCACCGAGGGCGUCACGGACAGCCUGUGCUCUGCAGAGGUCCCCUAUGGCUACGUGGGGCAGGAGCAGUUCAAGCGCCGCACGCCCUCCACCCCGCUGAGGCCACUGAGCAUUGCCAUGGGGGAGCGCUCGCUGGAGCACGUGGUGGGGCGGCCGCGCGUGGACUCGCUCAGCUCGGUGGAGGAGGAUGAUUACGACACCCUGGCUGACAUCGACUAUGACAAGAACGUGAUCCGCACCAAGCAAUACCUCUGCGUGGCCGACCUGGCGCGCAAGGACAAGCGGGUGCUGCGCAAGAAGUACCAGAUCUACUUCUGGAACAUCGCCACCAUCGCGGUGUUCUAUGCCCUCCCCGUCAUCCAGCUCGUCAUCACCUACCAGACAGUGGUGAACGUCACCGGCAACCAGGACAUCUGCUACUACAACUUCCUCUGUGCCCACCCGCUGGGGAACCUCAGCGCCUUCAACAACAUCCUCAGCAACCUGGGCUACGUGCUGCUGGGUCUGCUCUUCCUGCUCAUCAUCCUGCAGCGCGAGAUCAACUACAACCGCGCGCUCAUGCGCAACGAUGCCUAUGCCCUGGAGUGCGGCAUCCCCAAGCACUUCGGGCUCUUCUAUGCCAUGGGCACGGCGCUCAUGAUGGAGGGGCUGCUCAGCGCCUGCUAUCACGUCUGCCCCAACUACACCAACUUCCAGUUCGACACCUCCUUCAUGUACAUGAUCGCGGGGCUCUGCAUGCUGAAGCUGUACCAGAAGCGUCACCCGGACAUCAACGCCAGCGCCUACAGCGCCUACGCCUGCCUGGCCCUCGUCAUCUUCUUCUCUGUGGUCGGUGUGGUCUUUGGAAAGGGGAACACGGUGUUCUGGAUCGUCUUCUCCGUCAUCCACAUCGUGGCCACGCUGCUGCUGAGCACACAGCUCUACUACAUGGGGCGCUGGAAGCUGGACUCGGGCAUCCUGCGCAGGAUCCUGCACGUGCUGUACACAGACUGCGUCCGGCAGUGCAGCGGGCCCAUGUACGUGGACCGGAUGGUGCUCUUGGUCAUGGGAAACAUCAUCAACUGGUCACUUGCUGCCUACGGCCUCAUUGUCCGCCCCAAUGAUUUCGCUUCCUACCUGCUGGCCAUCGGCAUCUGCAACCUGCUCCUCUACUUCGCCUUCUACAUCAUCAUGAAGCUGCGCAGCGGGGAGCGCAUCAAGCUCAUCCCCUUGCUCUGCAUCAUCGGCACCUCCGUGGUCUGGGGCUUCGCCCUCUUCUUCUUCUUCCAGGGGCUCAGCACGUGGCAGAAAACCCCGGCCGAGUCCCGGGAGCACAACCGCGACUGCAUCCUGCUCGACUUCUUUGAUGACCACGACAUCUGGCACUUCCUCUCCUCCAUCGCCAUGUUCGGCUCCUUCCUGGUGCUGCUGACGCUGGACGAUGACCUGGACUGUGUCCAGCGGGACAAGAUCUACGUCUUCUAGGGGUCCGCAGCCACCCGUGCCCCGGGACUGUGCCAAACGCAGCCCUAAGGGUCCAGCCGGGCCCCACCAGCCACUCCGUCCCCCUCCCCGGGGGUCCCGGUGUGCCUCGUCCCCACCGCCGGCUCCCUCCCGGCUCUCCGUGCCCGUCCCCAGGCUGUCAGAGCCAAAACCAGGGCUAGGGGCUGCUGGUGCCACUGGCAGAGGUGCUGCUGCCGCUCCGUGCCCGUGGUGUGGGGCGGGGGCCCUGGGUAAGGGCCGUGCCAGCAGCCCCGUGCCCCCAGCAUGCGGGUGGGGGUCUCUCUUCAGUGCCUGAAUCGUGGGGAUGGGGGGGGUGUGGGCCCGGCAGUGGCAGCCGGGGGGGGGCCCACUGGUGUCUGCUGCAGCAUCCCGGGGGGGUGCCAGCCGUUGUGUGCCCCCCGACGAGGCUGUGGCGUCUCCACGUGUGGGUCUGCUGGGAAGGGACUCGCAUUAAAGUGUCUGCACUUUG